UUGACGGCAGACUCCUUUUUUUUUUUAAGCGAAAGCUGACCUGAUAUCCACCUGAACUGAAGUUCCGUGUGUGUCUGCUUCAACAUUAAAUGCAGGAUAUUCAUAUGUUUUUCUUCUUUCCGGUUAGCUUCCACAGUUAUUGGAGUUAGCUUAGCCUGCUAGCUGGGCAUUUUGUAUGUAACAUGUCGAAAGUCCUAAUUCUGAGAGCGUUACUGAAGCAGCGACUACCUGCAGAUGAUGAAGAAGAGAUAUUUGAGCUGUUUGAAAGAACGAUAGCGGAACACGAAGAGGAAAUUCGUGGUUUAAAAGAGGAGAACGAGACAUUAAGAAAACUACUGCAUCCGGUUUUUAACGCUGAUGACAAAACAGAUGUUCAGCAGCAGCUGUUGGUAAGAGAAGCAGAGGUUCCCGCUAAGCAACAAGCAUGGACCUCCAGUCUGGACCAAGAGGACCCAGAACUCCAUCACUUUAAAAAGAAAGAGGAGGAGCCAUGGACCUGUGCGAAACGAGAGCACCGUCUCCUGCUGGAGGUUAAUUCCUCCAUGCACGCAGUCAAUGAUGUGAAACCUGAGUCCUCAAAUUAUGAUCAGCUCAAAAGUGAGGAGAACAGGGAGGCUGAACCACUUGCCAGCAGCUCAGGUGAACAGAUAAAAACCAAAAAUGAUGGAGAGGAGUGGGCAGGAUCAAAACCAGAUGGGAGGAUGGUUCAAGACAAUUACUUACAUCAAUGUAGCAAUGCCAUGAUUUCACAGUCUAAUGGUCCUGAAUGUGAUAUCAGUGGUGUUGAUUUUAAGGAGACCGAAGAAGCUAAAUCAUGUUUAAACUCCCUGGAAAACAAGAUAAUCCCUGUUUCUGGGAACAGAUGUAAUGCUGGUGCUGGUGGUUCUGAGUGUGGUGAAACAUUUAACCGAAACAGAAAACUGAAAAUGCAUAUGAGGGCUCAUACAGGAAAGAAAAGAUUCAAGUGUUCUGAAUGUGGGAAAAUAUUUAGCCAGAAGAGUAAUUUGAACAGGCAUAUGGCCAUCCAUAUGGGAAAGACCUCAUUUAGGUGUCCUGAGUGUGGAAAAGCUUUUAACAGAAAUGGCAAUCUGAAAACACAUAUGAUGCUUCAUACAGGAAAGAAAACAUUCAAGUGUUCCAAAUGUGGGAAUGUGUUCAGCCAAAAGUGCAAUUUGAAGAGGCAUAUGGUCAUCCAUACGAGAAAGACCUCAUUUGAGUGUUCUGAGUGUGGGAAAACAUUUAACACAAAAGCACAUAUGCAAACCCAUAUACUAAUUCAUACAGGAGAAAAACCCUUUCGUUGUUCUGAGUGUGGAAAAACUUUUAACACAAAAUGUAGUCAAAAAACCCAUAUGCUAACUCAUACAGGAGAAAGACCUUUUCAUUGUCCUGAGUGUGGAAGAACUUUUAACCAAAACAGUCUUUUGAAAAUGCACAUGUUAAUUCAUACAGGCGAAAAAACAUUUAGCUGCUCUGAGUGUGGAAAAACAUUUAACAGAAAUGACUAUCUGAAAACCCAUAUGAUGUUUCAUAAGGGAUACAAACCAUAUUAUUGUUCUGAAUGUGGAAAAGCAUUUGCCCUGAAGACUCACUUGAAAACCCACAUGACCACCCAUAAAGUGGGAAAAACUACUUAGCACCAUUUUAAGACCCAUGUGAUGGUGUAUCCUCCAGCUUGAAUAAGAACAAUUUAUUAAACCAAAAUUAGCUAAUUAAUACAAUACUCAUCAAGUGAUCUGA